CUUAACUUCAUAGGCAACGAAUUCGGCCAUCCCGAGUGGCUGGACUUCCCGCGCGUCGGCAACAACGAGUCCUACCAUCACGCGCGCAGACAAUGGAAUCUCAUCGACGACUCUCUCCUUCGCUACGCUUUCCUCAACGAAUUCGACGCCGAAAUGAACGCAACGGAAGAGCGCUUCCGAUGGCUCUCGGCUUCCGGCGCGUGGGUGUCCACCAAACACCAGGACGACAAAGUGAUUGUCUUCGAGAGGUCUUCGGCGCUCUUCGUCUUCAACUUCCAUCCAAACAAAUCGUUUCCCGACUACAGAAUAGGUGUCGAAAAGGCGGGAAAAUACCGAAUAGUCUUGGAUUCCGACGAACAGCGCUUUGGCGGCCACUCGCGCGUCGACCACAACACCGACUUCUUCACUCAGCCCGAGGGCUGGAACGGCCGCCGGAACUCCCUUUUGGUGUACAUUCCGUCGCGCGUGGCGCUCGUCUUCGCGCCAACCGAUUGAUUCUCAACUCAAGUGCCAACCAAUCAUAGCCUCGCUUUGUCUUUGAAUAAAUCGAUUUUAGUUUGUUUU